CAGUUGCCACCAUGGCAGCGGCUGGCGGGGCCGGAGGCGGCGGGGACCAGGCGGCCGCGGGGGGGAACCGUCGGUUGAAGUACAUCAGCCUGGCGGUGCUAGUGGUCCAGAACGCCUCCCUCAUCCUGAGCAUCCGCUACGUGCGAACCCUGCCCGGGGAGCGCUUCUUCGCCACCACGGCCGUGGUGAUGGCUGAACUUCUCAAGGGAGCCACCUGCCUGCUGCUCAUCUUCAUCCAGAAACGAGGCAACGUGAAGCAGUUCGCCCUGUUCCUGUACGACGCCGUGGUGCUGCAGUACAUGGACACGCUGAAGCUGGCGGUGCCCUCGCUGAUCUACACGCUGCAGAACAACCUCCAGUACGUCGCCAUCUCCAACCUGCCGGCAGCCACCUUCCAGGUCACCUACCAGCUGAAGAUCUUGACCACGGCCGUCUUCUCCGUCCUGAUGCUCCACAGGAGCCUGUCGCGCCGGCAGUGGCUGUCGCUGCUGCUGCUGUUCGCCGGCGUGGCCAUCGUCCAGGUGGAGCAGGGCCAGGCGGGUGGGCAGAGCUCCCCGGGCUCGGCCCCCCAGAGCUACGUGGUCGGCCUGGUCGCCGUGGUGGUCUCCUGCCUCUCCUCGGGCUUCGCCGGCGUCUACUUUGAGAAGAUCUUGAAGGGCAGCUCGGCCUCCGUCUGGCUCCGCAACGUGCAGCUCGGCAUCUUCGGGACCCUGCUGGGGCUGGUGGGCAUGUGGUGGGCCGAGGGGGCGGCCGUGGCCGCCCAGGGCUUCUUCCACGCCUACAGCCCGCUGGUGUGGGGCGUGGUCCUCAACCAGGCCUUCGGCGGCCUCCUGGUGGCCGUGGUGGUGAAGUACGCGGACAACAUCCUCAAGGGCUUCGCCACCUCGCUCUCCAUCGUGGCCUCCACCGUGGCCUCCAUGUACCUCUUCGGGUUCCGGCUGCACCCGCCCUUCGCCCUGGGGGCUGGGCUGGUCAUCGGGGCCGUCUACAUGUACAGUCUGCCCAAGGCCGGGCCGCCCCUGGGCCCCCGCCAGGAGCCCACCACCCCGCCGCCCCUCGGCAAGGAACCCAGCGAGCCGGGCUACCUGCCCAAGCUGGCAUGUAAAGAGAAGGGUUCCUGAGUUGGGCAGCGACUGGGGGGGGGGCGCGAUGGUCGCCACGUCUCCAAGCAUCCGGCUUCGGCAAGGGGGCCCCUCCGCCCUGCCCCAGAGGUGGCUGCAUCAUGGUGCCGGCUGAGGCAGCCUGGGAUCCUGCCAGCAGCUUUCAGAAAGAAGUAGGAGAUGCAAUGGAAGGGUAGGGCUGGGAGCCAGGACUCCUGGGUUCUCUCCCAAGCUCUGGGAGGGAAGUGGGAGCUGGUGGGUUAUAGUGGGGGGCUGGGAGCCAGGACUCCUGGGUUCUCUCCCAGCUCUGGGAGGGGAGUGGGGUCUACAGCAGGGGGGAUCUGGGAGCUCCACCUCACUGCCAUUUCCUGAUUCACCCUGCCUCAGUUUACCCUUGCAUAAAAGGCAGGCAGCCAUUCCUACCUCCCAGAAGGGGAUGUGCCCGCUUACAGCGUGGCCAGUCCCCCUCGCUCAAGCCCCCCAGUGCUUAUGGGGAGGACACAGGCAUGAGCGCUCAGUCUUAACGCCCCCUAACACAGUGGCUAUGGGGCAGCCAUGUGGAACCCCCUGUUUUUAUCACUCCCCGCUGUGGCCUUUUCUAUUUAUUGUCCAACAUGGAGUUUGACACAAUG